CCUUUGUGUAUGAAAAGCAGACAGCCUACAACAAAUCUUGAAGAAAUAGAAAUAAAUUAUCAUAAUAUUUAUUAAAAAUGAGUCAAAUAAACGACAAGAAGUUUAAUGAAGCGAUGGAGCAUGUACGCAAUGCAGAGAAAUACAUGAAAACCUCUUUGUUUAAAUGGAAACCUGAUAUCGAUAGUGCAAUCUCCGAAUACCAAAAAGCUGCUACUGCAUUUAGAAAUGCCAAAUCAAUACAUAAAGCCAAAGAAACUCACAUCAAAGUAGCUGAGUUACAACAGCAAAUGAAUUCUACUUUCCAUGCUGCAAAGUCAUAUGAACAAGCUGGUUUACUUUGUAAAGAAAAUAAAGAAUAUGAUGAAGCUUGUCACCUAAUGAUGAUGGCCUCGAGAAUGUUUCAAGAACAUGGUACUCCUGAUACUGCUGCUUUAUGUCUGGAUAAGGCUGGCAAAAUGAUGGAGCAAGUUAAACCAGGUCGAGCUGUAGAGUUAUAUAUUAAAGCUUGUGACGUAGCAGAGAUUGAAGACAGACCACGAAACUGUGCAGAAUUUAUUGGUAAAGCUGCAAGACUUCUUAUUAACACUCAAAGAUAUGAAGAAGCUAUUAAUGCUCUACAGAGAGAAAUGGAAUAUUAUCUAGCAGCAGAAGCUUAUGAUAAAUUAAGGAAAGUUAUAAUGGGCCAAGUGUUGGUACAUUUAACAAGAGAUGACUACGUUGCUGCUGAUUUGUGUUUUAAAAAUUGUCUCAAUUUACCAGAAUUUGGAUCCAGUGAAGAAGCUGGUGCAUUAGAAGAUUUAUUAACAGCUUAUGAUGAAGGAGAUGAUGAAAAAGGGAGAGCUACAUUAAAUUUACCAUUAUUCAAGUACUUAGAUAAUGCUUUUGCUAAGUUAGCUAAAGGUUUAGUUAUGCCAGAAAGUAUUGGAGGUGCUAAAGAUAAAAAAGGAAUGGUUAUAAAAGAUGAUGAAUUUGCAGAUGGUUUAUGUUAAGCUCAUGAUUUAUAAAUUUCAUAAUACAUUUUCACUUUAGGUAAUAUUAUAAAAGUUAGGGUCAUAGCACAUCACAAUGUUGUUAAAAGGACAAGGUCAAUUUUUAUGAUAAUAGUAGCUCAGUAACAACUAUUUCUCUUUCUUUAUAGAUUGGCAUCCAAUUCUACCUGUCAUUCAACAAAAUCAUAUCAUGAAAGUUUGGACUCUCAAUACUGUAAGGCUGUUAUUGAAAAUAAGAUAAUGACAUCAUCUGCCAUCACUGCCUGUGAGAGGUAUACUUUUGUUGAAUUGAAGGAGAAUUGGAGGUCAGAUUUUCAUUCUGACAAUUGUGUUGAUAGAUGAUUCUAUAAGAUGAUAAAGCAAAUAUUUCAAGAACUAUUUCUCUUUUAGAUUUCAUUUGAAAGUAUGUGGAUUAUGUAAAAUAUUAUUAUUGUAUGAAAUAUAAUCAUGUGAU